GGUGCCUUUCAAAGAAAGGGCUUUAGGGAGUACGCCCAACGUAUUUGGGCAUCGUGUGACGCGAUGGAGCCAGAUGAGCCCUUGAGGGGCUUCCGGGCGAGGUGGCAGGCGCGAGCUACGGCGUCUGACGCCAGCCCGGGGCUCGAUGGGAAUGACGCCGAUGGCUGGGAAGAAGUCGGCUUGGGCUUUGAGGACGGCCCAGAACAUGCGGAGCCAGCAGUGGAGAGGACUGAGAUGGAAGUCCAAGAGAGGUUGGAUGCCGCCAACUUGGGACUCCAAAGGGCGGUGGAGAACGUGACCCCGGAGGAGCUUGAGGCCUAUUGGGGUGUCUUACCACCGGGGGUCAAGGAGUUAGUGACCAUGAACGGUGAGGUCUCUGCUGAUCUCCUGGCGUACGUGGCGGACACAGACCAGGAGAGGAUGGACAUUAUGAGGCAAUAUGGUUGCCCGGAUCAUGAGUUGAUCAAAAAGGCCACGGUGCUGGAGGCCUUGCAGUUGGCCGCUGAGGAAAAGGUAGCGCGGCUGAGGAGGAACAGAAUUGCGAAGCGGGGUGCGCAGAUGGCAGUCGACAUGGCGGCCAAGGCCAAGGCGCACAGACAGAGAGUUGCAGGUGAACUCAAGGAAGGAGAGGUGCCGACCAAGACUUGGCUGGAAAAGCAUUCAGGAGCAAUUCUGUUGAGAAGUCGGAGGAGAUCGACAGAUGCUGAGCUCGAUACAGAGACGGUCGAGACUGUGAAGCGCCGGGAACAGCGCCAAUGGGAGGUGGAAGCAGGAAAGGUGGUAGAUGUGCUGGAGGAGAAUGCCGACCUCCCAAUAGUGCGGGGGGCUGAGGACUCAAAAGAUCCCCGUGAGUUCCUCAAGGCCGCAGUGGGGGCGUACCGAGCGUCCACCUUGAGGAAGAGACUCAGGGAGUGGAAGAAGUUCCUGACGUGGCUGGAGAUCGUCCAUCAGGUGAGGUGGCCUUCCCGCAGGGCACAUGCGAUAGAUUACCUGGUGGAGCUGAGGCUGACUGAGGCCCCCCCUACGGUGCCGCAGUCCUUUGGGACGACACUGGCAUUCUUUGAGAGGGCCGCUGGUAUCGGACCAGGAGCAGCCAUUUCUUCAGAUGUGGCCUUCAAGAGGGCGUUGGACAUGACCAACAAGGAGAUGGAGCAAAAGAGGCCGGAGAAGAAGCAAGCGCCAUUGCUGCCAUUGAAGGUGAUAGCAGCCAUGGAGAUGCUGGUCGUGAGCCCGAGCAACGGAACCUUCGUGCGGUUCUCUGCAUGGUGCAAGCUGGUCAAGAUAUGGACGGCCAGCAGGACAGACGACCUCCAGGGGAUUUCACUGAAGGCCAUGAAGUUCACCAAGGCAGGGUUGCACGGCAUCUUCUGGAAGACGAAGGUCUCGGGGCCUGGGAAGAAGAACAAGAUUCUUCCCUUCAUGAUCAGCCGGAGGGUGAGCAUCACAGGCUUGCCGUGGCUGGAGACCGGGAUGGCUAUCCUGGAGGAACGGUACUGGUACCCGAGGGACUACCUGGUGCCAGUUUUCCCUUGUGGAUUGGAGGACCUCGAGGAGAAGAGGCCAGCCACGUACGACGACUUCGUGGUGAUGACCAGGGUGGUAUACUCCCGUUUGAAGGAGGGCCCUUUGCUGCUGCCGGAGCCCCUGCCGGAGCUCUACAAACUCUGGACGGAGCAUGCGGAGCGCAAUUGGAUAGUGUCCAUGGCAGCCUCCGCAGGCAUCCCAAGAGAAGAGAGACAGAUGCUUGGGAGGUGGGCAGUCAAAGAAAGCGGAGACGAGUAUGUCAGGUCCGCUCAAAGGAUCGUGGCCCGGAUCCAAUGUAGUCUCCUGGACAAACUCCGGAGUGAUACGGAGUGGGACUUGAAGAACUCGGGCCUCGAGGAGGUGAAGGACCACGUCGUCGCGGUGAAGUAUGACGAGGAGUCCAUCAGGAGACAAAUGUGGAAACUGGAGAUGCCGGAGAUUUGGACACCAGUAGAUUUGGACGACCCUGAACGUCCAGCGGUGGAAAAGUCCCCAGGGGCCGAGGCCGAAGAGGUGGUGAAGCGAGUGCCGGAUCCUCCAGCGGAGGUGCCGACCGUCAAAGAGUUGAUGGAUGAAAGAGCUGGAGCCGAGGACGUUGGAAGUGAAGAGGCCGGAAGCUCCACAUUUGGGGCAAAUGUGGGACCAAGCCUGGUCAGAACUUUGCGGCUUAUGAGCCCCAUGACAGCCUGA